CCUGAACACUAUGAAUUGGGGGAAAAUAAAUCAGUUGACUUAUAUUAUGAUUUGUAGUAUCUGCCGUAUGAGUUAAAGUUUCUAGAAAAGUCGGCGAGUUUGCAUAAGUACUUACUUCAUGUUUUACAAUGGUGUAGUAAAUUUAAGGUUAAACUUGACUGCAGUUUGUUAUCGUUACAGCGCAAUAUACAGAAUGAGUAGAUCAAACAAGUAUGAAAACGUGCGACAUGUGUACAGAAUACUGAAAGAAAAAGGAGAUAUAGACAAGAUAAAAUCUCAAAUCAGGUCGAAGCUGAUACUGGGGUUUGGAUCUUUGGAUAAUUCAAUAACAAAGUUUGACACUGAAACCACUGAUCGAAAUAUAAGGAUGGCAAAUUGCUUAGUUGCAGAUCAUCUGAAGAUUCACGGGUAUGAUUACUCUCUGAGCGUUUUUCUGCCUGAAAUUGGGCUAACUAAUUUCGAGUUAGAAGAGUUCAUUAAAGAUAUUUCGCAUCUCAGGCCUUAUAGUUGUUUUGAAGGUCGUGAAAGACUGACGAGUUUUUACAAAGAGUCCUAUUCAUUAUUAGUGUCGAUUCUGAAAGCCUAUGAAGAUAUCUCUAGCCUUUCAAAAGAACAUAAAGCUAUCCAGACAGUUGAAAUAGAUGGUUGUGACUUAGAUCACAGGUUAAACAAUAUUAAUAAAGAAUAUGAAGCAAUGAAGUCAUUAGAGAUUUUGCAUGCAAAACAGUCAUUUGAUGAUCGUUUGGAACAAUAUAAGAGUGAAAUAAAUGAGCGAAGUCAAAUAGAAAUAGAGAAACAGAUAUCAGAGUUUCGUCAAAAUGAAUUGAACUCGUUAAAAUCGGAAUUGGAAGAAGAAUUUCAAAAACGUCUACUUCAAAAUACACAGCGAUUGCAAGAAGAAUUUGAACUUCGCUGUCAGUCCCUCAAUGAACAAGAGGUGCUGCUUAGAGAGAAGUACAGUCUAUUUCAACAAAAAGAGGAGCGUGAAGCAUUUGUUAGACGUCAAGCCUUGCAAGCUGAAUUAGACGCUAUCCAGUUGGUGAAGACACAAUUAGAUCAAGAAAAAAUCCAAAUAGAUAAUGAUAAAUUACAGUUACAUAAAGAUUAUGAGAAAAAUGAAUUAGAAUUUAAAAAGCGUGAAAAUCUUUUAGAAAUAAGAGAAAAAACAUUAGAAAGUGAAAUUCAUGAACAUGUAAACCAAAUUCGUAUGGAAGAUGAAAUUAAACUAAUGAAACAACGUAAAGAAUUAGAAUUACAGUCUAUUCAACUCUCAGAAAAUCAGAAAAUGCUUGAAGAUAAAUUGAAAACAAUUGAACAACUUAAACAGGAAUUGUUAAAACAACAAAACAAAUUCACAGAAAUGGAGAUUGUAGGUUAUGAUACUAUUAAAACACAGAAUGAAGUGUUCAAAGCUGAAAUCUCGAAUUUACAAAAACAAUUGAAAAACUCUUUAACUGAACUAGAAGAACAAAAACAAAUUGCUGCGUCGGCAACAACAGAAUUAAGUGUACUCAAAGUUGUUAAACAAGAGACUGAAAAACUAAUGAACACGUUGAAUAAUGAUCAUACUGUAAUCAUUCAAGAAAAAUUUACAUUACAAAAGAAAUUAAAUGAACAAAAAAAUGAAAUAUACGAACUAAUGGAACGUCUUAGUUCAUAUGAAGGUGGAAAUAAACAGAAUCAUGCACAAACUACUGAAGUUUCCUCUGUGGGUCAUUGGUCUACAGUAGAUCAGAAUCAAAACAAUCCGCAAAUACUAACUGAAGCUGAACGUCGUUCAAUUUAUGAAGAGUGCAAUCUUUCUAUUUCGAGUGACCUAAGUCAUGAAAGUUUGAUUGAUACUAAGAAGUCUGGAAAGUCAUUCACUGUACCUAUUCAGUUGUCAACCGAUUCCAAAUUUGAUCAUUGGUCAAAGCGUUUAGAAUUAUCACGUCGGCGUAUGACACAAUUACAAUUAGUUAAUGAAGAGUUCGAUUCAAUUUAUGAAGAAUGGAAAUCAGUUGAUUUAAAAGAAUUUUUAUCGAAAAUUCAUAGUGAUUUACCGAGUUUCCUAAAUGCUCAUGAAUUAAAUCAACCAAUUAAAUUGAAAGAAGACAACUUAUCUGACCAAAUAGUCAUGAUAAAUAAAGAUACUAAAUCCGAUCCUGUGAAGGAACAACCUGUUAGUUGUAACACAUCUUUCUCCCUGAAACUUGACAAUGACCACAAUUAUAAUCCAGUUUCUACACUCCCAAUCCAUCAUAAUCCUCUUGAUCAACAAGUUGAAAUGAAUCCAUGCCAUGAGAAUGAAUAUCUAGCCUCAUUUACUAAAGCUAACCCAGAAUCAAAGCAUGCGAAGAUAGGAUUCGAACAGAAUAAUCAAAAUGCACAAAUUCAUUCCAAUGCAAGAAUUAUACCUGAUUUUUCAGCUAGUUCAUCCAGCAUAGACACACCAAAAUCAAAGAAAUUAGAGUUAAAAAAAUCCUCCAAUGAAACAUUAAGUAUAAGUUCUCAUAAGCCUAUAAAAUCAUCUUCAACUGUUACUCAUCAUAGUUUUAAGAAGUCAUCAAUUGAUCACCUUCCAAGUUAUAGAUCAAAAAGUGUACUCUCUACAGAAUCAAUAUCUCAAGCGGAAUCCGCUGAGUCCAAAACUUCAAGAAAUUCUCAAACUAAUUCAUUAGCCAACGAAAUGUUGAACCAUACUAUUUCAUGUAAAUUUAACAAGAAUGAUAAUCAAAAUAAAUCUGUGUAUAGUGAACAAGAUAAUAAUGAAAACGAAGAACAAAAAGAAUUCCUUAAUUCAAAUCAGGCUAAUCUCAAUGAUGAAAUUGCAAAUAAUAAUCAUAAUAAUGAUACUAUUGAAAAUGGGUUUCCGUUACUUCUGGAAACCUCACGUUAUGAAGGUUCACCGAAACAGUGUUCAUUGGGUAACGAUGAUCAGAACAAACCUAUAUCCAAUGAGAAUACCUCACCAACAUCACGCCAUACAAUAACAAAACAAACUGAUUGUAAUGGUUUAAUGGAAAAAUAUUUAAAGCUUAGUUUAAAUACUAGUUCUAAAUCACCGGUGUCUUAUCCAUGUAAUCAAGCAGUGAACGGAACUAAGAUAACAAAUGGAUAUCAUUCACCUAGUUCAAAAGAAAAACCCUUAUGGUUCGAGAAUGGACAUCAUUUUAGUUCUAGUGAAUCAGAGAUUAUCAGUUUGAAUAAUGGUAAAACUAUGUGUCAUUUUACACCAGGAAAUUUCAACAAAGAUGAAUUAAUUCCAAAUGACGUUGAUAUCGACAGUGGUUCAGAUUACAUUUGGUAGUAACGCCUUUGAUUUUUUUUUCCAUUCUAUUAAUCAUUUUAUUCAAAUGAUUGAAUUUUACUUUAUCCUAUGUAUGCAUCAUUCUCUCAAAACACUAAAUCCUUGUUAUUAUUUUAUCUUAUAAAAUGUGCCGGUUAUUUUAGUUUAUUGAGAUAUUUUUAAUUUGUAAGAAAUAAAUUCAAACAAAAAUCUUUUGUAAAUUAUCAUUUUGUAAUGAAGCCUAAUUAUAAAGUUAUACAAUAACAGAACGGAAUUUUAAAGUUGAUUACUUAGUUCUUAUCAGUUUAUGUUAAUUUUAUGUAGUAAAUAAUAAUCAUUUUGAAAAUACAAAAUUUCAGAUGAAAAAAUGAUUGUCUUACUGUAAUUCAU